AAGACUUUUCAGAUUGAUUUUAUGAAUACGCUAUAUAAAUUCCUCGAUUCUGUUUUAGCUGAAAAUUUUUGUAAUGAUGUAAAUAGCCUUUUAGCAAAACAAAAAAGUCUUUACUAGAUUUUCUCACAUAAAUUUGAUUUUGUUGCAAUCAAAUUCAAAAUCAAAUUCCAAUCAGUAAUUGCAGUCUGCCAAAAAACCCCUCCCUUUUAUUAGCGUGAAAAAUUGAGAUGGCAUCGUUCUAUUCCUCUGACGCUGAGACCGAGCGUAACAUACGACCAAUCGACAUACUUGAAGGAAUUGACAUGGACAUGGUGAAAACUGUAUGGGAUAGUUUACCUGCUGUUUUGAAACAGAAAAAUAAGUCAACGGACCCGACAGGGGAUGUUUUCAGGAGAAUCGAGCUGAUGAAGAAGAGAAUGCGUGAGAAAUCAACACAACCCAGCGAGAAGUUCCAAACAUCAUAUCUAGAGAGCAAUAGAAAAACUGUCAAAGGGUUUGCUGAGGGAUCAAGGCAACAGAAAUCGAUGAAUCCUUUCAGCAACCAUCAUUGUAAUGAGAACUGCAUGCGUACUACACAAGUGGAGAAAGUGGAGUCGAUGCUUUCCUGUUUCAGUGAACACAACGGGGAGAUUGCAAUGAAUGAGUUGUGUAUAGAAUCGAUAAAAAAUAGCAAAGUGAAGGAGCUUUUCGAAGCUAAAACUCGAAAAUAUUCAGAAGAAGUGGUCAAGGCCUUAGCGCAAAUCGACCAAACUAACGUUAACUUGGGCCACUACGAGCAACAGAAGCAACCUAUAGUUGACACCACAGCGAAGCUCCAGAUGAAAGCUAAGGAGAUUUGCAGUAUGGCACAUCAGCUAGAAUAUGAAAUCACUAAAAUAAAAUAUGAAGUUUGUGGAGUCAUAUCCUGUUCAUCAGCUGACAACGCUGCCUGCGGAAACCUCUGCUGUAAAGGAAUCGUAGACAAAAUUAUCGAUCUUCAGCAAAAAGUUGAGAAAGUGAGAUCUCGUGCAAAACUAAAAGAAUGCUUUCUUGCUAUGUGCGAAGCAGCAAAAUCUCGAAUUAACGAGGACAACGAAGAUUUAAGGAAGGACAUCAAGAAAGCGGCAGAUAUAAUAAGCGAAUAUAAGGGAGAACUUGAAGUCAUCAAGCAAGUGGUGUGUAAGAUGGAAGGGAAGAACAUUUCUCUAGCUCAGUUAACCCCACAGGAAGUGAUAACCCUAAAACCAUUAAAAAUGAUUAAAGGAGAUUAUUCAGAUUUCAAUGGCGGAUCCGAAGAUAGCGAAUACCAAGUCGAAAGUGGAUCCCCAAACAUUUCCAGCGACGAAUAUGAAGGACUGUCGCAUAACAGUUUGGAAGAAAACUCCGACAAAUAUACCGACAACGAAUGCCCUCUAGAUGACAUAAAAUAUGAGGUUAUGCUACUCAGUGAAGGAAGCGAAGCAAGCACAAUAACUCUGGAAAAUGGAAGCGAACAUUCGCAGGAAACGUAUUCCUACGAAAUUUCCGAAGAAUUUUCAAGGGAUUCCAAGGUGCAAGAUGAAAAUUUGGAAGAGUCAGAUUUUCCAGAAAAUCAAGAACGACGUAGCAAGGCUCUGAAAAAUGAGGCAACACAAAAUUUCGGAAAGGAAGGUGAAGCGGACGCAAUAAAGACUCAUAUUGAAAAGCCAAACCGAAAAUACGGUGAUCCAAAAGAACUGAAAAAGAAACCGGUGUCGAGGGAAACCAAGCUAGAGUCGAAUGAAGAGCGGUUAGAUGGAAACCUAGAUGACGAAGAAAUAAGGAUGGUGAGUUUCACAAUCACCACUAGUAGCAGCCAUAAAUCUAAUAAGAGUCCACUCAGAACAAAAGGUGUAAAUCCAAAAGAAACUAGGCUGCUGCAGGCUGGUAAAAAAGAUACCACCGAUAACAGCUCUACCAAUAACGACGCUUUAAAGCAAAAUCGUAUACGGAAGCAAAGUAUAAAUCAACCAACAGUGGGCACCAGCGCACGUGAUAAAGAAUUACGUAACAAAGAAUUACGACUUUGCGAAUAUGAAAAAAAUGUCACAGAUAAAAUCCACACUUGCCGACCAAGAAAAGUAUCUGAAAACGAAAAACUAGAAGAGAAUAUCAGUGAAGCAGAAUCGGCACAAAGUAUCUUUAUUGAAUCAGUCCACUACGGCUCACCAGAUCGUCAUGAAGAAGAAACCAUAUAUCCUGCGAAGCUGCCACCUAAAACCGAUAAAAGCCGAGCUUACGUUGUAAAACCUAUGAGCCCUACUCGGCCUCAAUUCCACAGAACCCUACAAGGUUCUGAACGAGUUACCAAUUUUACACGUAACUCAAGAAGGAACGAUAGCUCCAGCUUCGGCCGCGCAGAAAGUAGAGGCAAAAAGGACGACAGGAAAAGGAAUAGCGUGCCCAUAAGAAAGAAGGCAAGUUCUGAAAGCAGUGUAAUUGAUCCAAAAAUAGCACGCAGAAAUAAUGGAAAUGUAAAGCAGAGAAACACACUUGAAAAAUCAAACCACCAUUCAUCUAAGUGUACAUGUUGUCAUUCCUCAGAGGCACCGCGAAAACCGGUAUUGGUGUGCUUUCCCCGUGUCCGUAGAGAACCUUGUAAAACCCGCCCGCAUAAAAAGGAAAAACAUCAUGAGAAUGUUAGUUGCUGUUGUCGCAAAGGGGAGUCUAGCCACAGCGCAGUGAAAGAACCUGAAAUACACUUAGUGAGUAUACCUGAUCAAAACUAUGUCUGCAAUUGCAAACAAGACAAAACAGCUCCAUGUAAGUGUGCAUCGUGUACCUGCAGUGGUGAAAGUUCUGACAAAAUCUCUGAGAAGCCAAUAUCUUCCCCAACAAGUAGACUGGAGGAACCUUGUAUGUGUACUAAAGUGAAAAAUAUUUCCUGCCAAUGCAAAGAGUGCACUUGCCGUCAAGAAAUCUCUGAUGAAGUUUCAAAUGUUGUCACUCCCAGUGUCGAAAGCAGUUUCGACAAACCAUGCACUUGCAAACUAAUCGAGGAUCGUCCUUGCCAAUGCGCUGUUUGUUCCUGCUAUAUAUCUGAUCAAUUUCGCAGCAUUUCCUGCGUGCAAAGUUCUAUAGGAAGUCCUGGUAGCAGCAUGCCAAACAGUGUUGAUACAAUCACGAAAAGUAAAAGCAAUAUGUCGGAGCCAUGCAUUUGCGAUGUAGAUAAGUCCGACUCCGAGCCAUGCCAAAAGUGUACCUGUGGUCCAAGAAGUUCACGCAGAAUUUCUGAUAAAGUCAUUUCGGUUAUCAGUUCCAGCGUAAUGAAACAAGAGAGCAAUGCAUCAACACCUUGCACAAGUGAAUCACAUCAAAGCGGUCCUGGUGAAAGUGUUACUUCUACUGUCUGCACUAGUCCAAAGAGCGAAAUAUCCAGCAGAUGUGUAUGUGGCCCAGGAAAAGAUACAUGCACUUGUCGAAGAAAUACCUAUGCUGAAGGCGAAGUGUCGAGUUAUCACAGUAUCAAAAAAGUGGAAAAGAGCGCUGAUUCGAUUGCCAGCACAUGUGAAUCUUGUCAAAGUGGUUCUUGCCGUUAUCUCCUUAGUAGCACUGAUGGAACUCUCAGCAACAGCAAGAAAGAUAGAAGUAAGGAUAAAUUAAGCUGCAAGUGUAAAAUUAAAAAAGAAAAAGGUAAACUUACCAUCGACGGAAGUCUUGAAAAACGUCAGUCAGACGAAAGCACUUCUUGUGAGUCAACUAACAGCUACAUUCCCAGUACUCAAAGCGAUAUUAAGGAACUUAAGUGCAUAUGCGAAACCAACAAAGGUAUAUGUACUUGCAGAGAUAUUUCCGAACCUAAAUCCACGACUACAUGGGUGUCGGACAAAAGCAAGUCUUGUCUAAACUCCGAGACAAACACUUCCAGCGCACAUACUGUAAUUACGGGGCAAAGCAAUGCAUGCAUAUGUGACAAAGAUCCAGAACUAUGCACUUGCCAUUCUAAAACGAGUAACAGUGAUGGUCCUAAGAAUGUCUCAUCAAUUUAUCCAGGUAAUAGAUCGGACACUAGCGGAAGUUGUGAGUAUUCAGAUGCUAGUAACUCCAGCAUUCUCGCCAGCAAAAAGAAACAGGAAAGCAUUUCUGCCAGUGAGUCGUCUAGAAACCUCUGUAUUUGCCCCCCAAAGACCUGUACACAGAGUGUGGGCCAACUGGGAAGUACCGACACUAGCGUUAAUAGUUAUUCCGGAACUUGUGAGACCAACACUUUCAGCAAUACUGACACUAAAAGUAAAAACCUAUGGAGUGCAGAUAGCAGGCACUGUUAUACUGAAAGUAGUUCCGAAAAUUAUAGUUAUGGAUACAAGUGCAAACCAGAAGAGAGCGCAUGCACUUCUCACUCACAAAAAUCUAAUCAAAUUUCUGACGAUUUCUCCACCAAUGAUCACAGUAGUACAAGAUGCGAUUCGAUGGAAUCUGGCAACAAUUCCAGCGAAAUUAGUUCUUGCAGAAUUUCUGGUAAUAAAUUUCUGAGGCCAGAUUGUGAAUCUGUGAAUAGAUGCACUUGUGAGAGGAACAAACAACGUUGCACAUGUUGUCCAAACAAAUGUCCAAAAACUCCAAGUAAGGGCACUAUCAGUAUUCGUAGCAAAACUGGAGAGCGCUCACAGUAUUCAUCGACCAAUUUCAUAACAGAGUCAGGCGAAAGCGACUGUUGUCGAUAUUCUGCAGACAGCACUGAAGGUAGUGUUGAGAAACUAGAAAGUUCAAGUGAGUGCCCAUCCUACAAAGGUUCAUUCGCUUGUCGUUCGGAAGAUUCUACCCAAACAAAUAACAAGGACUCUAUAUGCACCUACAAUAGGUCGCCAUGUACCAAUAGUAGUCUUAAAUCAGAACGUAUUUCAUCAAUUGAUCAAAAGAAUGAAUCAGGUGUAAGUAGUCCUUGCGAAUACCCAGAUGAAGACAGCUUCAAUAUUGAAAGUAAGGGAUCUUUCGAAGCAUUGAAGAAAAGCAUAACCAGUACCUAUAGCAUAGCCCGAUGCGAGUCUUCAAGCUCUAAAAAUUCUAGUAAUCAAAUAAAUAGAUCCAAAAGCAUCUGCAUAUGUGGAUCGGAUAAGGAACUUUGCACUUGUAGUCAAAAAAGUCCUGUCUCAGAGCAAUCUGGCUCUAGGGUAAACAGUAAAAGUGUUAUAUCUUUCAGCCAGGAGAACAGGUCGCACACUAGUCAUCCCGAGAAAUAUACGGAUAGCUCUUCUAAAAGUGGGAGUAGCGAUCAUAAAAGCAGUUGUCUAUGUAAAUCUAAUAAGGCACGAUGCACUUGUUGCCCAAGAAAUUGUUCCGAUUCUCCAGCUACGAAAUCUGUAUCAAUUGUUAGCAUAGAUGUAGCAGAUAAAACUAGCUUCAGUGUUCGCAGCAGUAUAGCGGGCACAGAGAGUGGUAUGUCGGUUGAAAGCUCAAACAAAACGGAACAAAAUUCUUCUGAAUCAUCUGGGAGCGGAACUUCCUAUAAUUCUAUACAACCUAAGAGCAUCUGCGCAUGCGGGUCGAUUAAAAAUAUUUGUACUUGCUCACCAAAAAAGUCCACCUCGAAUGCAAACAGUAAAAGUGUUAUAUCUUUGGACCAGGAGAGCAGGUCAAACACCAAUUCACCCGAAAAAUCAACGGGUAGCUCCUCAAAAAUUGGAAGUAGCGACCACAAAAGCAACAGAUGUUCCGAAUCUACAGUUACAGAAUCUGCAUCAUCUCCCAGGAACGUUGUAACAGAUAAAACCAGCGUGAGUGUUCACAGCAACAUAACGGGCACACAAAGUAGUGCGUCAAUUGAAAGCUCAAAUACUUAUCCACGAAACACACCCAAUACAAGUGUCGUAGCUACCCUAAGUGAAGUUUUUAACCCUACGUCGGCUGAGGAGUCCAUUUGUGACACAUCUGGUGCUCAGUUGAGUCAGAAAGUCAAGAAAAGCAGCUUAUCUGCCAUCUGCACUUGCCAAACAAACGAACAUGGACGUUGCAAAUGCCGAAAUUGCACUUGCCGUUCAAGCAAUUUGGUCUCCAGUUCUGAAAGAAGUUCGUCAGCCAUUUGCAACUGUCAACCAAAAGAACAUGGACGUUGCGAAUGCGAACAUUGUACCUGUCGCUCAAAUAAUUUUCCCUCUGAUUCUGAAAAAAGUGUUUCUAGCCCCCGUAGCUCUACUGAUAGUCAUUUAAAUACGAAAAGUUCAUCUGGUAGCAAUUAUCUUUGCAAUUGUAACCCCAAUACAGAAGGACGCUGCCAAUGUCUUGAAUGUUCUUGUCGUCGAAAGAGCCCUUCUGGAACCAGUUCUAUUAAUUCCCUUACUCAAACGACCAGAUCGUCGACCAUGAUCGUUUCCAAACAAACAGAAACAGACAAAUCAUCCAAUGGAACCUCUGGCACAAAAACAAGUACUAAUAAAAAUUCAAUACAAGAAAAACAGCGUAGUCAUUCUCAACUAAUUGAAGAUAACGAAGAAAUAUUUUGUAAAUGUUGCAAAUGCUCUGUAUGUAUAUGCAAAAAGUAUGUCGAACAACCCUCUAGAAAAAGUUCACGAGCUACUAGCAUUCAAUCCACCCCCCACCCAGCUAGUGAAGUCUCCAGCAGCAUAAAGAGAAGUCCCAGCGUUUCUCCUGAUGUGGGUAGUAGGACACCCAGUGAACAGCCUAGUAAACGUUCAUCGCGUCAGCCAUCGAUAUUUCCCCCUGGAGUGCCCAGCAAGGAUGAUACAAUUAGAAGCGAACAUCCUAGUAGACGAUCAUCUAGAAAAUCUCGUCAACCGUCCACAGCUUCUACUGAAGAUAUACCAGAAACUGUUUCAAAAGAAGGGCCAGAACCUCCUGCUGAAGAUGGAAAAACUCCAAGUCGGCGAUCAUCAAGAAAAUCUCAACCCCCAACAACAGCACUUCCUGCUACAGAACCAGAAAUUCCUAGCAAAGAUGGGAAAGUUCCAGAUGAACAUCCUAGUAAACAUUCCUCGAGGAUUUCUCGCCUACCAUCCAAAGCUCCUUCUGGAGAUAGUCCUAAAAUUGUCGCCGAAGAAGAACUACAAGUUCCUAGCAAAGGUGAAAAAGUUCCUAGUAAACAGCCUAGCAGACGGUCCCCAAAGCUGUCCCGUGAACCAUCUAGAGUUGAAGAAAUCCUUGAAAUUAUAACUGAUGAAGAGUCGGAAGUUCCCAAACUUGUAACCGAGGCAGACCCACAACUUCCUAACAAAGAUGGAAAGGUUCCUAGUAAACAGCCUAGCAGACGAUCGUCAAAGUUGUCUCGCGAACCAUCUAAAGCCGAAGAUAUUCCUAAAGUUAUAACCGAUAAAGAGCCACAAAUGUCUAGUGAAGAUGAAGAAUUUCCAAUUGAACAACCUAGUAGACGAUCUUCGAGAUCGUCUCGUCAGCCGUCAAAAGCUCCAACUGACAAUAUUCCUAAAACUAUAUCCGAAGAAGAACCAAAAGUUCCCAGUAUAGAUGAGAAAAUUCCUAGCGGACGGCCUAGUAGACGCUCCUCGACAAGAUCACGUCAACCAUCCAAACCUCGCUCAGAAAUUGUAACUGUUGAGACACCAAAAAUUCCGAGAUCUUCAAUAGGGUCUCAACAACCAUCAAAAACUCCAUCAAAAAUGGUUCCGGAAAUUAUAUCAGACGAAAUAAUAAAAGUCCCCAGCAAAGAAUCUAAAGUUCCAACUGAAAAUAUCCCCCCAACUGUAUCCGAAGAAGAACCGAAAAUUUCCAGUGAACGACCUAGCAGGCGAUCCUCAAGAAAAUCUCGUCAACCAUCCGAACCUCGCUCUGAAAUUAUAACUGCUGAGACACCGAAAACUCCUAGAUCUUCAAUAGGCUCUCGCCAACCAUCUAAAACUCCAUCAAAAGUAGUCCCUGAAGUUAUUUCUGACGAGGUAAUAAAAGAUCCCAGUAAAGAGUCUAAAGUUCCCCCCGAAAAUAUACCCAAAACUGUAUCCGAAGAGGAGCCGAAAAUUCCCAGCAAAGAUGAAAAAAUUCCCAGUAAACGGCCUAGUAGACGAUCUUCUACAAGAUCACGUCAACCAUCCAAACCUCGUUCAGAAAUUAUAACCAUUGAGACACCCAAAAUUCCUAGAUCUUCUAUAGGUUCACGCCAACCAUCAAAGACUCCAUCAAAGGUGGUUCCAGAAGUUAAAUCUGACGAGAUAGUAAAAGUUCCCAGUAAAGAAUCUAAAGUUCCAGUUGAAAAUAUUCCCACAACUGUAUCCGAAGAGGAAUGGAAAAUUCCCAGUGAACGACCUAGCAGGCGAUCUUCCAGAAGAUCUCGUCAACCAUCCGAACCUCGUUCAGAAAUUGUAGCUGUUGAGACACCAGAAAUUCCUAGACCUUCAACAGGGUCUCGCAAACCAUCUAAAACACCAUCCAAAAUUAUUCCAGAAAUGAUUUCUGACGAGAAAGUAGAAGUUCCCAGUAAAGACUCGAAAGCUCCACCUGGAAGUAUCCCCAAAACUGUAUCUGAAGAGGGACGACCUAGUGAACGACCUAGUAGACGAUCUUCGAGAAGAUCUCGUCAACCAUCCGCACCUCGCUCAGAAAUUAUAACUAUUGAGACACCAAAAGUUCCUAGACCUUCUAUAGGGUCUCCCCAACCAUCCAAAACUCCAUCAAAAAUAAUUCCUGAAAUUAUUUCUGAUGAAAAUGUAAUGGUUCCCAAUAAAGAAUCUAAAGUUCCUGCUGAAAAUAUCCACAAAACUGAUUCCGAAGAAGAGCCGAAAAUUCCUAGUGAUCGACCUAGUAGACGGUCCUCAAGAAGAUCUCGUCAACCAUCCGCACCUCGCUCUGAAAUUAUAACUGCUGAGACACCAAAAAUUCCUCGGUCUCCAAUAGGGUCUCGCCAACCAUCAAAAAUUCCAUCGAAAAUUAUUUCUGACGAGAAAGUAGAAGUUCCCAGUGAGGAUGAAAAAAUUCCAAGUGAACGACCGAGUAGACGAUCCUCGAGAAGAUCUCGUCAACCAUCCAAACUUCCAGCUGAGGAAGUCCCUCAAAUUAUACCUGAAGAAAAACAAAAAACUCCCAACAAAAAUCAGGAAAUUUCAAGUGAGCAACCUAGUAAAAGAUCUUCGAGAAUUCCAAGUGAACAGCCUAGUAGGCGAUCUUCGCGACGAUCCCGUCAACCAUCAAUAGCUCCAUCAGAAGAUAUUCCUAACGUUAUUACUGACGAAAAAAACCCCUAUACGCCAAGCAAAGAAAAAAUCCCUAGCAAGUUGCCAAUCCCACCAGAUGGUAGUCUGAGAGAGCCCACUAAAGAUCCUUCAAUUAUCCAAGAACGGGAAAGCAUACCUAGACAACCCUCGCAGCCGCGUAAUCCACCAGUUCAUUCAGACCAAGAUAUUAAGAUACCAAGCAAAAAACCUUCUAUUAUCCAAGAAAAAGAACAGAAUAAAAAACCGUCAAUGCAUCUCGACAAUGAAGCUUUGAUAAAAGCUUGUGAAACGAAAUUGCUUGAGUGUCAAACCAAGAACGAACAAUUCGGCCGUGAAAAAGAAGUUCUGGAAGCUAACCGGCUACGUUUAGAAGACGAUUUGACAAAAUGUAGAAAGGACUUCCAAGAUUGUCUUGCUGGCCAGUUGGAUGAGCAUGCGCUCGGCGAUCAAAUUUCGACUUUGCAAAAAGAAAAUUCUAACCUUCAUAAUCAACUGGAAGUUAUCAAAGCAACAGUUAUCAAACUGCAAAUAGAUAAUGGCACGCUUUUAGAGAAAAAUAAGCAACUAACAAACGAGCUUGGAGAAAUCAAAACCACGCCUCCUGAAGCUAGUGAAGAUUGCUUGCAGUAUAUUCAAAAAAUGUCUGGCCUAGAAGCUGAAAUUGCUUCCCUCAUUCGUAAGAAUGAAACUGAUCUAAAGGAAUAUUCAGACUGUAAAGCAAAGCUAGACAGUUGCCAAAAUGAUCUUGCCAAGUGUAUGAAGGAACUCGCGAAGCCCCCUCCUGAUACUACUGGCGAGCUUAUCAAACCUGCCGAUAAUGCCGAUUGUCAGCAAUGGAUAGACUUGGUCUCGCAGUACGAGGGGAAACUCAAGCAGUAUAGAGUUCGAACUGUUAGGUUGACAUUCUUACUGGCGAUUGUAGAAAAAGAUCGUGACACUUUGAAGUCUGAGAAAAAGGAACUUGAAAAAUCAUCAAUAAAAUGUCAAGAAGAUUUAAAACAAUGUCUCAUGGAACGCGACGCUUCUCAACCCCAAUCUCAAAUGGACUCAUUGCAGCAACAGCUCGAGAAACAAAAGGUUUUAAUCAACGAAUUGGAACAAAAGAUCACUUCUCUAACAAAUCUAAAGGACGAUGCAACUAAGGAGGCGCAAUCUGCACAAGAAAAACUACUCAAAUGUGAAGAAGAAGUGCAACUGAUUGCAGAGCGUGGCGAUUCCUAUAUGGCCGAACAGUACACGAAUCUCCGCAAAGAAAAUAAUGAGCUGAAAACUGAGAUUGAUGACAGAAAAAAGGAUAUAGAAAGACUAAUCACUGACUUGCAACUUUGUCACAGCCAGUUGGCAGAUUGUAAAUCAAAACUUGCAGCUUGCGAAGCAAAAUUGCAAGCACUACCAGAGCAGAUCCGAACGGAUUCAGAAAUUACUGAUCCGAACUUCCAACAAAAGGUUUCUAUUCCUAAUAUCGAGAAGGAACAUAAAGAAGAAUCUAUUCAUAAGUCGCAUCUAUCUUCGAGUGUGGACAAAAUUGACCCAAACGUCGAAAUUGAUUCCAGUGAAGGAUCUACAUCUAUCACUGGGCCAAACUUGAAACCAGGCAGUUCCACAGAAAGCAUCGAGAAGGGAAUUAAAGAGGAGUCACUUCGUAAGUCACGGGAAUCUACUCCACGUAAAUCGACAACAAAUAGGCCUAGUUCAAUCCAAGCUCCAUCGAAAGAACAUACGGCGGGCGUAAAACAAAUGAAAAAACUAUAUAAGUGCCUGCUCUAUCAAAUUCAGAAGCUCAUCCUUAGCUUGAAUGAAAAACCAUGUUGUGAGAAUGUACAAGAUACUUUAACAAUUGUUUAUCACGCCAUCAAUUGGAUGAAAAAUAACAUAUGCCCUCAGUGUCCUGAAAUUUCAAAUUUCGCCCCGGAAUGUAUCAAAGGAGAAGAUUCAAUCCUGCAUGGUAUUUGCUUACAAAUAGUUGUAGCCGGAGUUAGAAGUCUGGACUUCAAGCAACUAAUCUACUUGCAUUGUACCAUCUACAAAAUUGGAACUAAUUUUGGAAAAACCAAUUGUUACCGAUUCCCCUGCAGCCAGAUCAAGGAGCAGAGUUGCGAUCCUGAAAACACUAAGGAAGAAAAAACAAAAAGGAAUAAAUUAUCUAUUGCAAAGCUGAAGCAGAUUGAAUGCGAGAUGGAAAAGACAAAAAAAUUAUUGGGCGCUUUCAGAAAAUGUUGCAACAUCUAAUUUCAAACUUCAAUUCGGAUUUAAGGAUUGGUCAAGUUUUAUUUUCAUUUGUCCACGUGUGAUGUUUCAACAUAAAAUUUUAGACAAGGCAUCAUUGAAAUAAAAUAAAUCUCAAAACUAA